AUGAUUCUAGCGAAGAAGAUAAUGAUGACUCAGAAUGUCAAUUUUGUCGGGGACGAUAUUCGGAAGAUAUACAUAGACAAAAAUGGACUCAGUGUACCAUGUGCUUUCGCUAGACUCACGAAGAAUGUGGAGAAGUCAGUGGCAAUACAUUCACUUGUCCACUUUGUGAAAAACAAGGCAAAGGCAAAAAAAGACUCUUGUUUGGCUAAAGCAAAUUAA